GUGGAGUUUUAUUUCAACAACGCCAUUUUGUAAAUGUUUGUUUCAUGAAGUGAAGUGGUUGAUAGGAUUUUCUGGUUUAACAUAGUUUACAAACAAAUUUGUGGAAGGUGGUGUAGAUUUACAGCCCAGCUAUGGCCGAAUAUUUGGCUUCAAUUUUUGGAACAGAAAAGGACAAAGUAAACUGCUCCUUUUACUUCAAAAUUGGAGCAUGUAGACAUGGAGAUCGCUGCUCAAGAAUCCACAAUAAACCUACUUUCAGCCAGACAGUGCUGCUCCAGAACUUGUACGUGAAUCCCCAGAACUCGGCCAAGUCGGCCGAUGGCUCGCACUUAUAUUCUCUGUCGCCAGUGGUUGCCAAUGUCUCUGAUGAAGAAAUGCAAGAGCAUUACGAUAACUUCUUUGAGGAUGUGUUUGUGGAGUGCGAGGACAAGUACGGGGAGAUUGAAGAGAUGAAUGUGUGUGAUAACUUGGGAGACCACCUCGUUGGAAACGUUUACAUUAAGUUCCGGCGGGAAGAAGACGCAGAGAAAGCUGUCGCCGAUCUGAAUAACCGUUGGUUUGGAGGGCGGCCUGUGUACGCCGAACUCAGUCCCGUGACGGAUUUCCGUGAGGCUUGCUGCCGGCAGUAUGAAAUGGGGGAGUGCACGCGUAGCGGGUUCUGCAACUUCAUGCACUUGAAGCCAAUAUCUCGAGAGUUGCGUCGGUACUUGUACAGUCGCCGGAGGCGGGGCAGGAGGACGCGCUCGCGAUCUCGCAGCCGCGACCGUGACGGUGAGAGGAUUGCCGGCUACCGUCGUUCGCGGUCCCGCUCCCCACGCGACCGCCGCGGCGGUGGUGGUGGAGGGGGCGGCGGGGGAGACCGCGACAGAGACCGCCGUCGCAGCAAGGGCGAGCGACGCGACAAGGAGAGAGAGGGCCGCUCCGGCCGAUACUAGCGGCCGUCGCAUUGUUUUUAUUCGCCCCCUGUUCCAGAGACUGCGGAUGUGUGUAAUUUGUACCAGUGCUCGGCAUUUGUGUCGAACAGAAGUUAGCAGUUGGGCAUUUUCCAGUGUUGAGACUUAUCAAUUUUCGUUUGUAUGAGUACUGCAAUCUUUAAUUGACUAGUUUUAUCUCUGUACUUACAAAAAGUUUUAGAAGAUUUUUACUCUGAAUGUUGUUGUUCAGGUGUUGAACGUAAUUUGUAACAGUCAUAAAAUGGGGUUCAAUUUCUAGGAAAGUUAUUUAGAAUAUCCUGUUCUGGUUUAGAUAAAACUUAACUGUACUAAAAAUAGUGAAAACUGUCAACUUCUUUAGCCUUGUUCGUUUAACACAAAGUCCACUUGCUGGAAAAAUCAGGAAGUGUUUUGGUCAGAGUAUUUACUUGACAUCCUGGAAAGUCAAGAACAUUCCUUAGUGAGGAGAAAAUUUAAUGCUAAAGUCUGUAAUCACCCUGAAUUAAAAAAAAAAUUAAAAUAGUGUUUUAGUGCAUAGUUGUACACGCCAUAAAAUUACGUAUCAGGUGGUUUGGAUUUUCGUUUUUGCUAUAUAUGUAAUUAUAUUUUUUAAUUAGCUACAAAUGAUUGUAAAUUGGUAUUUUGUUUUUAAAAAAAGCAGUUUUUUUUUACAGAUAUGUUUUCUUGACAUUUAAGUUAAGUCAUCUUCAUUGCAAUAUUUAUUUCAUUUCCACAGUAAGUGUUUGAAAGUCCCUCCUUUUCCAAUUGUUUUGGUGAAAUAACCAACAAAUGAUUUUAUUUUUUCAUUUUCUUACAACAUUGUUAUUUUGCAGUGGGAUUUUGUAAUGUUGCAGUCUGUUAUUAACCUAUGAAUCUUUACAUAUCUUACGUUCUUGCAUGUUUACAAAGGAUAUUCAUGUAUGGAUUUGAUGUAAUCUCAUUUGUGUUGUGUGAGAGCAAAAUAAUGAGGUGUAACUGAUAUCAACUUGUUAACACUUGAUGCUGCCUGUUUUAAUACAUCUAUUAACAUUCACGCACCAGCCUUUUCAACAAAGAAAUGUUUCCAAAGAAUGCAGAUGUAAUAUUACAGGAAGCAAUGUGUAAAUUAAUUUAAAUCAGGCAUAUGAAUAUCUGUACAAUGCCAGCAAGUUUGACUUAAUAUUUCUUCAGCAGCACCUAAAGUGGAUUAAUGUAAUUUUUUUCUAAUGUAUGUUUUCACUUAUUUUAUAUUAUAGUAUCGUUCUUCUUAAAUUGCCAAUUGUUAUUAAAAGAUCGACACCUGGAACAAAAAACUGUCUAAAGCUGGGUGCACAAUUCAAAAAUAUGUUACAGGUCAUGUGCGCACUCCGUGUUUUUAAACCUAUAGAUUCACAAUAGCACGUAGGACGGUUAUGUGCACGGGAGGGAAAUGAAUAUAUUUUAUUUUUGUUGCAGAUGCAUGGUGCAACAGCCAAUGAGAAUAGAGUAUGCUACCAUUUUGAUGGGACUUGAGAACUGUUUUAAUUUAUCAAUCAUAUAAUUGUGGCAAGAAAUUGUCGAGAUAUUACAAUGCUCAGGUGUAUGUAAUUCCUGCUUUAAAUAUGAAUGAAUUGCUAUUAUGCACAAAAAGUCACCAGCAAUAAAUUUAAAUCUUUCAUGGCUAGAAUGGUUAACUAGUAAUUUUAUAUUUUACAUAACCCGAAUUAAUUAAUAUGUUGAAAAUCUGUGUUCAAAAAAUACUGGUCUAAUGUCAUGGGAUAAUCGUUUGGUAGUUAUUAUAGUUAUUUACUAACAAUACCAACUGAGGUCGGAUACAUCGCGAAAUUUCAUUGGCUGAAAUUAACAGAUGUUAAUUGUGAACCAAAUUUGCACAAGUCGUGCACAUGGUCUGCUGGGCACUCGCUUGUGCUUUUCGAUUGUGCGCCCAUCAGCAUUUUUGUGGGUUCGUUUGAAUUUAUCAUCAUCAGGUGUUUAUUCAAGUUGAAUAAUUUGUUUAGUUCAAUGGUUUAAAUAAAGUAACUUGAUACAUGGUUCAAGAUGUCAAUUAAAUUUUGUCAUUAUUAUUUGUUACUGAUAGAUACAGCAAGUGGGACUCAUUCAAGAAAAAUUUUAAAUGAAAAAUAGUGUGACAUGUAUGAAGCCAAGAAAAUUUAUUCAGAUAUUUUGAUUUGUUUCUGAUUGUGAUGUAUAUAUUCCUCUCUUUUUCAUUUUACUGUAUUUUUCAUCAAUUUUUCUUGGUCUCCUGUGGUAUGAGUAAAACAUAGUUUCACAAGUUUUUUUUUAAAAUUUAAUUGAAAUCAUUUUCAAUAUUCUUAAGAGAUAAUAGGUAUUCACUCAUUUUCUCCCUGCAUAUGUCCCUGAUAUUACCAUGGAAGUAUUGUAAUUGAACCACUAUACAAACCAAGGCAAGGGAAAUUAAAUCUUCAAUACAGAAAAGAAAAUACUUGAUGUAACACACUGCCUUGCUAAAGAACAAAGAAAUAUCAAAUUAAUUAUUUUGUAGGUUGGUUUAGAAAAAAAUGGAGAUUUCCAACAUUUACCAUUUUUACAAUUAUCUUUUGUUGAGGUACUUUGUGUAUUGUUAAUAGCGAGAGAGAAAAAAAUUAUUCAAAUUUGUUUGGGAAAAAUUAAGUGUACCCUGUGCAUAAGAUUUGAGGUGACUUUAAAAUGCCUGAUAUGUGAGAGUGUACUCAUUCAAUAAAAAUGUAGCUACAGUG